GCCAAAGCAGCGCGGGGGCUCCACCGUUCAGCACCAACACAUGCUAAAGUGGUUUAUUCCGCAGCUAUCGAGCCCUACAUGUCUGCAUGUUGAAUGCGGAACGUUACCAGCACUGAAGGAAGACUCGCGUGAUCCGGUUGACAGAUAAUUUGGGAUAAUUUGACGGAGAGCAGCAUGGUUGAUAACGCAAGUAUAGCAACUAAAUCUGCGUUGCAAGGCUCGUUCUCGUCCGCCGGCAGCCUUCCCCUCCAGGCUCCCUCCGCCUCCUCUCACAGCGCGUUCCCCGGCGCCCAGUCCCACCAGCAGCAGCCCGCCGGCGGCGGCAUGAAGCUUGAAGCCGUCAUGGAGAACCUGCAGCGGCAACAGGCGGCGCGGCUGGCCCUGGAGGAGAAGCUCCGGCAGGCGGAGACGGAGAAAGACCUCCGCUCCAUGGUGGAGUCCCAGAUACACCAGCAGGCGCUGGCUUUCCGCCACUACCAGGCGGCGAUGCGCGGCGCCCUGGCCGCCGGGGUCGCCAUCUCGUCCCCCGGAGCGAUGCUCCGGGGCGCGGAGGUCCGCCGAGCCGACGAGGACGGGAACUCCUCCAGACCGGGCAGCGACGAUAGGGAGCGGGACGAGGAGGGGGACGACAUGGAGGAGCAAGAGAUCAUGGAUGAAGACGAGGAGGGCGAAGGCGACGUCGGGUUGAACCACUACCAGGACCGGCAGCCGUCGCUCCACGGAACUUGUCUGCCUCCGAAGGGCACCCCGAUGCAUCUCAUGGCCAGACUCCCGGCGGCAUUCACCCCGGCCCGCCGCGCAGAGUCUCCCUCGGCGCACCCUCAGCCCCAGCACCACGACUGGACCUACGAGGAGCAGUUCAAACAGGUAAGACCACUUCUAACCAGCGCCAGCUCACGUCCCGUACAAACAAAAGCGCUUCUUUUGGGAAAUGAUUUAGUUCGUGUUGUUGUUGUGUUGUGGGCUGCUUUCUGAAGGGACACACAAGUCCGUGCGUGUCCGUGUGUCAGUCCUGUCAGUGCUCACACAACCAGCGUGUCUGCACAAAUGUUUUCAACCAAGUUCUGUAAAAAGUUGAAAAUGGGCUGGAAGUUAAUAUGAGGCAGGAUAAAGUGUGACUGAUAGCUUUAUUAAUCAUAAAUAAGUCAUUUAGGAAUGCUUAAGAUGAACAGGUUGUACAGAUGUAAAGAUCCAUUUAUUAACCAGCUUUAUUUGACACACACCUGCAGCUGUGUUAUUACGGACUAUGAGCAGUCACUCAGCCAAACCAUUAUUACAAACACAUUUCUGGUUGCCAGGUUGUUGAGAAAGGCACCCUUUCAGUCUGGUAAUAAUACAGUUAUAAAUGUAGUAAUAAGUUAUUAAAACAUGGAUUUUAAUCCUUCUUCCAGAAUCAUUCGUCACAGGGAUUUUGUUUUCACAAGUGGUUCCUAUUAAUGGUUUAUAUGUAGAAAGCUUUAGUCAGUUCUAUGUUAAUGAAGCCGUUAUAAACCCUUAACGACGGGUUGUGUGAAUGACAGCAGGCCGUCUGAUGGAUGCUGUCUGUGCUUCCAGCCGGCAAGCAGGCGGAUCCAUACUCUGAGCGACGGGAUGUCAUGUCUUAUUUAUGACGGAUCAUUUGCAGACUUCCCCAAAUGCGAUGUGUACAUUAGUGACUGCAUUAGCGCCGCACAUUAAAGCAACCCGAUGCAUGGAAAUGCAAUUUAAAUAGGCGGGGGGCUGAAACCAGUAGCCUCGACACAGAGACGGAGAAGCUCGCCAUCCAGUUUCACUGUUUCUCUCUCGGAUUCCUUUAUGGUGGCAUAUUUGGCAUUACUCUUGUGCAUGUGAUGCAAGUGUUCCUCGCUCAAGUUAUCACGUUACGAGUGACAGAAAAGCCUCAGCGGAUGGAUUUAAAACCCAUCGUUUUAGCCUGCAUGUGUUGCAGAAAAGUCUUUUUUCCAUUAAGACAAAGUUCCCCGUGGCCCGUACAUGCAACACCAGGGCCGCACGCUUCAGAGAUUCCUCAGGAUGUGCAGUUAUUGUGGGGGUGGGUCAUCUGUAUGUAGCCAUUCAGCGUAAUGGUCACGGGGACAAUAAAAGGAUGCUUAUGGCUGCUCGGCAGACAGAGUGGAGCCGGCAUGCUAAGCGUGCUCAAAGCUGCAAAACAAAACCACAUUUGAGGGCAGUAAAUGCAUCUUUGGAAAAUAGGAACAAGAUGUGGGCUAAAUAUAAAAAAGGGCCUCACCGGACUUGGACGAGGACUUUUUAAUCUGAUCUGGACCAAGUGGG